GUGAGGGGAGUAAUGCGCGAGCAGGGUGAGAGUGGGAUCAUUUGCGAGUUUGGUACGCGGAGAGAGAGAGAGAGUGGAGUGAUUGUCGUGGAGCUGCGAGCGAGGCGGCGGCGUAAGCCUGGGCCUACUGUUUUUACAGAGUUCCAGCUUGAGGAAACUGUUGUGGCCUUGUGCACCGUGUAAUUUUCGAAGACAAGACAAACAUUGGCUUUUAGAAACAAUAAUGUGAUUUCAUAAGAAAUAAAACCAAAGUGCCCAUUGACCUCCCCAACAAUGAACUGAGUGAUCAACGUUUCACAAUACAGAAAUGUCCAAAAGCAAGGAGAGCCGGACCUUUAACAUAAGUGUUGUUGGACUUUCUGGAACGGAAAAGGACAAGGGGGCUUCUGGAAUUGGCAAAUCAUGCCUUUGUAACAGAUUCAUUAGGCCCAAAGCGGACGACUACCACACUGACCACAUCACAAUCCUGAGCCAGAUCGACUUCAGCGGAAGGGUUGUGAACAAUGACCACUUUCUCUACUGGGGCAAGACCACGAAGACGACGGAGGAGGGCCAGGACUGCGUCUUCAACGUCGUGGAGCAGACGGAGUUUAUCGACGAUGCCACCUACCAGGCGCACCGGAUCUCCGUUCCUCAGCACUACAUCAAGCGAGCCGCAGCGACCAGGCUCGCGUCCGCGGAGAAACUCAUGUACAUCUGCACCGAUCAGUUGGGAAUCGAGCAUGACUUUGAACAGCAGCCGAUGCCAGACGGCAAACUGAUCAUCGACGGGUUUCUGUUGUGUGUGGAUGUGAGCCAGGUUGCUCAGCGGAGCAUGGCGGACCAGCUCAAGUUCACCGACAAGUUGUUUGUACAGCUGAACAAAUCGAAGAAGCCCAUUCUGUUGAUUGCUACCAAAUGCGACCGAGCCGACGAGCAAUUCCUGAAGGACGUGCAGGCCUUCGCCUCAAGCAAAAAGGUGAAUCUCCCCCUGCUAGAAACGUCUGCGCAGGAGAACAUCAACGUCUCGUUCGCGUUUAUGCUUUUGGCACAGAUGAUCGACAAACUGAAGGGGAAACAAAAGUCAAUUCCCUACUGCGAAGCGGCUAAGCAAGCCAAAGAGUUCACUCAGGCGACCACGCAGAAAUACGAGGCUCUGCUGAAGCAUCAGGUGAGAGAUUACCACGCACUUUGGAAUUUCACUCGUAGGAAGAUGGAAGAUUUCCCUGAGUACAAGCAAAUGGUUGAUACUUUGGGGCUGAAAAAAGCAGAGGUGUCCUUCAAGGAACAUCUCAGAAGAUUGAAGAUUGAACAUAUUGAGCAAAAAAGGGAAGAAUUCCUUCAGACACUGCCAAAGGCUUUCGAGUCACUUGUCCCUGACUUAAACGAAAUCGAAUCGCUGUCGUUGGCUGAGUUUCUGCCACUGGUGCAAAGCAAACGUGAGUUUGGGGUGUGGUUCGUUGAGCUCUCCGACUCGCCGUGGAGCGAGAGCAGACAUAUUGAUUUGCCCAAUGACAAACGUGUCCCCCUGGAUUUUCUGAAGGAGUGUGGGUCUAAUUCCUUUCACUCACACGUACAAAUGCUGCAGACCCUGAGGAAGAAGGCAGAAAUGAAAGAGAAGUUUAAGCAACUCCUUGAAAGUUCCAGCUGCAUCUUUCCUGGAAAACCUUGGGAAGAUGUUUAUUCAUUGACUACCAUCUACAGCAAGGAAUGCUACCAAACGAUCUCUGAGAAGGAGAGAAUCGACAUCUACCAAGACAUCCAGAAGCAUAAGAUUGAAAAGGCAAAGAAUGACUACCAGGAAAUGCUCCUGGAACACUCGGAGACAUUUGCGGAUGUGGACAGGAAUGAGGCGUUCAACCACGACAAGAUUGGAGAGAUCAUGCAGGACCUGGAGGACGACCUCAGGUACAAGGCGUUGCGCUUCGUGCCAGCGGAGCGCGACGCCCUCAUCCUCAAGCACAUCUUCUUCGUGCAUCACCCGACCAAGGAGUCCUGCUUCAGUCGACUGGGCUGCGUGGAUCUGCAGGUGGAGCAGCUUCUGUCCAACAUCGUCUCGAAGGUCGGCCAGAGGAGAACAGAGAAUCUCUCGGAUUCGCGCGGCGAGGACAAGCUCGGCGUGUUCGUGUUCGGGAAGGAUGGGCUCGGGCACGAGCUGUCUAGAGAAAUAUCGAGACAGUCGACGGGCAACAAGCUCAACAUCAACGACAAGAACUACGCACUGGACCUGAAAGUGGUUGACGGAGAUGUCGCUGCCUUCACAACUGCGAUGCAGAAUCCCUGCUUUAAUGGUAGACCCGGUGGCUACCUGUGUGCUUUCAAUUCCUUGGAUUCUUUAAAAUGUUUAACGGAGUGUUUAGAAAGAAUGACAAACGUCUCAACUGGCAACCGAAAAGAUGGUCUCUCCGGAAAUAUUCCCAUCGUACUGUUGUUGGCCAAUCACAAAGAUGUGGCCAAUAGAACAUACCCACUGCUCAGGCAGCAAGCACAGCAAACGGCCAACAAAUACCAGGUCGCCUUCGUUGACAGCUCAGGUGACUCGGUGCUAAAGGCCUUCCAAGAGGCUCAGGUCAAGCAGGCGCUGGUCCAUAUCGCCACUUCGUGUCAUCAGGAGGUGGCGCCGCCGAAAGUGAUCGGGCGCAGCGACCUCACCGAAGCAGAUCUCUACGUUACGAUGUGCGUCAUGUGCGGGGACCCCUUCACCGUGGACCUGGUGCUGACGCCUUUCUUCGAGUCUUGCUUCUGUACCUUCGGGCAGCCUGGCCAGGUGGAUUCCGUGAGCUUAGAGAUGUUCCUUGGGGCCCACCGUAAGAAGAUUAAGAUCACAGUCAUGUCCUAUCACAUGGCGACACUGAGGAGGGACGACCUGACCCAUGGCCACAUCCUCGUGUACUCGGCGAAGAGAAAGGCGUCCAUGGCAACGAUGCGCGCCUUCCUCUCUGACGUGCCCGAUGUCAUUCCUGUGCAGCUCGUGGCAAUAACCGAGAGCCAAAAUGAGUUUUUCGAGAAUGCCGUGGCAAAGGAAUUGGUCAGCGAGGGGGAGCAUAUUGCCAGUGAAAUCGGAGGGAGGUUCUGCACCGUUCCUGCCCAGUCGCAUUUCUAUCGUCAAACCGAGGUCUUCACACCUUUCUUCGCGGAGGCCCUGGAGAAACGACCUCUCGUCGAGGAAGAAUUUUGCUUUGAUCCCACAAUGAAUGUCAGCAGUGAGGCUCUGAACCAGAGCGGCACGUUCUCAUCAUCGUCCUUGUCUGAUUCCGACGAUGACGAUUGCCAGCCGCCCUACAGCCCUGCCAGCGAUGAGACGCAGCUGCUUCCGAACAUGUCCAGGAGCAGACCGAUGGAUUUGGAAGGGAACAGCCUCCCAGUUAGUUCUGCUUCACUGCCGCACGACAGCGAGCGCAAUCGUAAGGUGCUUCCGCCGAAGCCUGCGAAACCCGCAGAGCGUUUGGGGGUGAGCAAACUCGAUCCUAAGCUGAUAGAAAAAAUAAAUGAAACUAUGAGUAAAGGUCCCACAAAAGCGCAGCUGUCUCGAGCUCCUCUAGCUCAUGCCGAGGACACCGAAAUCGCAGACGUCCCCACAGCAGCAGCCGCCGACACCAAGACCUGGUCGAUGACGAAGCUGUUCACACGCUCGAGGGCGACUCUGAACGGCUCUGACACUGAGGAAAGUGCGACGGAGCAGGAAAGGAGGAAGGGCCAAGCGGUUGUGCGGAGGCGGUCGUCCUACAGGUACAGGUCGGAGACCCUGCUGCGGAGGCAGGUGUACCCGUCGGAGGUGCUGGGGAACGGCGAGCAGGGUAGCGGUGGUGGGGUAGUAGCGCUGCGUGAUGGAGGGCGCAGGGCGGCACGGGGCGGGCACCAUGCAGACUCGGCGCCGCUGCUCUCUCCGGGCGCCGAAGGGAGCAGCUGCGGCAUCGACAACCCCGCGGCUGACCUCGACGACGCUCCGCGGGUCCGGGCAGCCGAGGGCGGAAAGAAGAAGGCUGCCAAACCGAAGGACUCGAAGCUCAAGCCCAAAAAGAGGAAGGGCAAGAACAAGAAUGCUUACUUUGGGAUGCCACUCAAGGACCUCGUGGAUCUACCAGACCAGCCCAUCCCCGUGUUCUUGAAGAAAUGUGUGGAGUACAUUGAGCGUAAUGGCCUGCAUAAUGAAGGGCUGUAUCGAGUUUCUGGGAAUAAGGUCGACCAGAAAAACCUACUACAACUGUUCGAGAAAGAUCACAACUUUGACAUAUCCAGCCUCAAUGUGACAGUGCACACGGUCACUGGGGCACUCAAGUCAUUCUUCACGGAACUGCCGGAUCCGCUUCUGCCUUACAACAUGCAGAAGAGCUUGGCUGAUGCAGUCGGCAUCACCGUUGAAAAGGAAAUGCUCGCAUCUCUUCAGGACUUUGUGAAAAAGCUGCCGCUUGUCAAUUACGAAGUCUUCAAAUUCAUUAUUACGCAUUUCUACAGGGUGUGCCAGCACAGCGCCACCAACAAGAUGUCCGAGGAGAAUCUGUCCAUCUGCUUCUGGCCCACGCUGAUCAAGCCCAACUUCAGCGACAAUACCACCAUCAUGGGGAAGAUGGUGAGCCGUACUCCCAUCCGGCCUUUCAUCAUCCACUGCCCUCGCAUCUUCCACGGCCGUGAUGACCUCCCGCCGGGACCGGACGACUCCGUGGCUCCCGCCGAGGCCCUGCCGGCCGAAGGGAGGCUGGUGGACAUCGAGGGGUAGAGAACCCAAAGUGUUGAAUUGCAUCGGACAUAAUCACCAGGUUCAACCCGUUUGCAAAUGUGCGUGUGUGUGUGUGUUUUGCGGGUGAGUGGUGGUGUAGUGGUUAGUUAGCGAGCUGCACAACAAACCUGGCGGUCAGAGUUCGAUUUCCGCUCACGCCCAACAUCGGUGACGAUUAUCUGAGCCGGGCCUGGGCCUCCCCUAGGACGACUCAUCCUCAAAUUAGUACCCGGUGCAGUGUGUAAAAACAUCACCAC